AAUAUUCCCCCUUGUAGUCGUCAACCAUGCGAUGUUACAGAAAAUGUCAACAUGCUUGGGAAAGAAGUCAUGCAAUUAGGCUUAUGGAAGAAAAGCAAGGUUUUGUCUUCUUUCAGGUUUUGGAUCAUCAACAAGAGCGAAAAGUAUUCUACGGCCGCUCGCAGACGAGUUGUUGUCACCGGUGUCGGUGUGUUGUGUCCAUUAGGUGUGGGGAUUCAGCAUGUGUGGCCAAGACUUACUGAUGGACAGUGUGGGAUCACAAAUGUCUGUGGUCCUGGCUAUGAAAAGAUCCCCUGUCAAGUUGCUGGGUAUGUGCCUAAAGGAGAUGGCAUGGGACAAUUCCAAGCUUCAAAGAUUGUUUCAUCCUCAGAGCAGAGAACAAUGUGUGAUGCCUCGGUCUUUGCUCUAGCAGCUGCAGAGGAAGCUUUUAGGCAAGCAGAAUGGAAGCCAUCAAGCCAAGAGGACAUGAGGGCUUCAGGUGUUGCUGUGGGUAUGGGAAUGGUUGGUCUAGAGGAUGUUGUGAACACGGGCAUCACUCUUCAGAAUCAGGGUUACCGGAGGGUCAGCCCUUACUUUGUGCCUCGUAUUCUGACCAACAUGGCUGCUGGCCAUAUCAGCAUCAGGUAUAGCUUGAAGGGCCCAAACCAUGCUGUAUCUACGGCUUGUACAACAGGUGCUCAUGCAAUUGGAGAUGCCUUCAGGUUUAUCAGAAAUGGAGAUGCAGACGUGAUGGUUGCUGGAGGGACUGAAGCUUCCAUCAGUCCCAUCGCUAUUGCUGGAUUUGCUAGGGCUAGAGCACUGAGUACCAAUUUUAACAAGGCACCUACGUCUGCUUCUAGACCAUUUGAUAAAGACAGGGAUGGCUUUGUCAUGUCUGAAGGAGCUGCUCUGGUUGUCUUGGAGGAGCAUGAUCAUGCGUUAAGUCGUGGUGCAAUUAUUCUUGCCGAAGUCCUCGGAUAUGGCCUGUCAGGGGAUGCUAAUCACAUGACUGCACCAUGUGACGAUGGUGAAGGAGCAGAACUUUGUAUGAGAGCAGCCCUGAGGGAUGCUGGGAUGUCUGUGGCUAGUGUUACGUAUAUCAAUGCGCAUGCAACUUCCACACCACUUGGGGAUGCAGCAGAGAACGAAGCCAUCAAGAGAUUGUUCCUGACCCAGACGAACCAUGUAGCAGUGUCAUCAACCAAAGGUGCUACUGGUCAUCUGCUAGGUGCUGCUGGGUCACUGGAGGCCGUCUUUACCAUCAUGGCUUGCAAAAUGAAAACUCUCCCACCGACAAUAAAUCUGUCUUCAACGACUGAAGGGUUUGAGUUGAACUAUGUGCCACAUCGUGCUCAGUCAUGGAUUCUGGCGGAUGCUAACAGGAGAGUAGCUCUGACAAACUCAUUUGGUUUUGGCGGCACAAAUGCCAGCUUGUGCAUUGCUGAGUAUAUCAAAUCCUGAAACGACUUUGAAAUUGAACAGGCAAUAUUGGAGGACAGGCAUAGCUCUUGGGAAUAGAAAAUGCAAGAUGAAAACUGAUUUUAGUGUGUUGUGGACUGUCUGUUGAACUGAGAAGAAAUCCUGGAGAUCCUACAAGAGGGUGUAGGAGACAUAGAAGGUGUGUUAGUCGUAAAUGAAUUGUAGGGAGUGCUAUGCUGCUGACUAAUCAUGUCCCUGAGGCCAACACACCACAUUUGACAGCUUGUUUGUACACAUUCAGCAUGGAGCAUGUCCAAUAUGAAGAUAUGAAAAUAUGCACACCCUGGAGGUCACUUAAUGGACACUGUAUAGACCCUGGCAUUGACUUUCAAUGUGUCAGGCUAGAGUCUCUUUGUAACCAUCGGUGCUCUUAUGCUGAGUGAUUUGAUGUCAAGGAUAUUCCAUGUGAGGCUCUCACAUCAGGACAACAGUUGUUCAUAAGGGGGCAGGUUCUCAAAUCUUGUCUUAGUCUCCAUUUCAGGCUUUUGACUGACCUUGAAACACUUUCAGUUAUAUGCUGAUGUUAAAGCACAUCAAAAGGCUGCCCUAUUUGGCUGACAGGAUAGAGUUUAGUGUUUUUCCAGGAAAACUAAAAACUCC